GACGCACAUGUUCCCGGAGUGGGCGCUGUGCACGGAGAGGCCAGCAGUGAUCAGGGUGAUAGACGCCCUUGUUCCUUGACCCCCGGCAAUGGAUGCUGACCUCACCGAGUGGUCAGAUGGCCAGUUUGGCCUUUGGUUGCUUGGAAACACCGGAAUUAAAUGGCAUCAAGGAAUCGUAUCGGCGAUGGGAAGAUUGUGUUUCUGAAAUCGGUGUAGUCGCAGAAGCCGUGUGUUUGGAGUUCUGGAGUUCGGAGAGGACUGCCAAACGGUAACACACUGCUCUGCUACUGUUGUGGGGAAGUUCACGUGUUUUCUCAAUCACUGGGUGUACACUCGGGAGCGCAUGCUCGUGUGUCGUCAUAUCGUCAGCUGUGGGUGGAAUCAUUAGUUGCUCCAGAAGACCUGGAUUCCAACACUAGCGUCCCGCUCUCUGUCUUAGAGAGAGGGAGUGACAGCGGAUCUACCUACCUUUCUUUAUUUCAUCAGAUAACAUGUUUCAUAUGAAUUUCCUGUAAACAGAAAUAUCUGUGUCCUGAAUUCACGCGGAAGGUCGUCGUUAAAGGACACCGUAACCGGCUUUAUUGGAGAUGUAAUCCAACAUGGCCGCCCUAUCUCCCAUCUUGAAAAACAGUCCGGUUUUCAAGUACGUUGUUCCGUGCCUGUUCAUCAGUCUGUUCGGCCUCUUGUACUAUGUUGUGGUUUACACGAAGCUGGACCUCACAGUCCUUGUGCCGACCAAGUCGGCUUUUGAAAAACUUCAGUUCAUUGCCAGUGGGUACACAUUCUCCAAUCAGUCACUGCAUCUCUACGGAUCAUAUAUGUCGAAAGACGGAAGAGUGACCUCGCAUAACGAGACCUUUAUCAGUUUAGAUAGUGAUGUACUAGAAGGUAUUCGAUCUCGAUACAUUCGUGCUAAACAAAUAGAAUUUGAACACAUGUGUCCACGGAUUCACGUGACGUCUGUGAGCUGCAGUGCCUUAUUUGACGGCGAUGUUGUUGAGACUGAAAGGGUUAAAGCUGUAAUGACAAAACAGACUCGACAGCAGAAACCAGCUGAGUUGUACAUAGAACUGACGCAAAACUGUGAUACAUUCAAAAGGAAAAGAGGAUACAUUACCAAAACGCUUACGGAAGAAGAAGAGCACUUCCCGUUGGCCUUCACCUUGCUGAUGUUCAAGGACGUGGAGCAGGUUGAUCGUCUCCUGCGCGCAGUCUACCGGCCCCAGAAUUACUACUGUCUCCACGUUGAUAGUAAAGCAGAGGCCAAGGUCAAGGAUGCCAUGCGUGGAAUUGUGGGGUGUUUUGAUAAUGUUUUCUUCUCAUCACGAUCUGUGGAUGUUCAAUGGGGAACAUAUUCUGUGUUAGAACCAGAAAUAAUUUGCAUGGAAGAACUAUGGAAGUAUAAAAAAUGGAAAUAUUUUAUCAAUUUAACCGGACAAGAAUUCCCACUGAAGACCAACUUUGAACUGGUCAAAAUAUUGAAGGUGUACAAUGGAGCCAAUGACCUUGAAGGAACAGUUCAAAGAGCCAACAGAGGGAGGUUUGAGAAGGCAGGUGACCCUCCACACGGAAUCACCCCGGUGAAAGGGUCCGUGCACAUCGUGGUCAACAGGGGCUUCGUGGACUACGUCCUGCACAACAAGACGGCACAGGACUUCCUGGCUUGGGUAAAAAAUGUCGAUGUGCCCGACGAGACGUUUUUCACCUCGCUCAAUCACAACGCUCAUCUUCGUGUACCAGGGGCAUAUUUAGGGGAUCCAGAAACUGACCGACUGAUAAAACCAUUCCUUGCACGAUUUAAAAACUGGGGGAACGAGCCUUUUGACUGGCCAUGUGAAGGACAGCGCGUGCGCCUAAUUUGUAUAUUUGGAAUCGGCGACCUUCCGCUAUUAAGGUCAAGGCCAGAACUGUUCACAAACAAGUUUUACUGGGACUACCAGCCAUAUGCCUUGGAUUGUAUGGAGGAACUGCAUUACAACAGAACACGUGACGAAUACCUGGGUGUGCGGUCUUUUGACGACUCAUACUACAAGACCCUGUCUUUCGUGAAAAACAAAGUACCCCUUUAACUCCCAGUCACAAGACACUGGUAUUUCAUCUCGUGGGAUAUAUUUUCAAAACCGAUUUAUGAUAAAUGUUUACAUUUACAAUGAGGAAGUGGUACAGAUUUAAUAUAUUUAUUUGACUUAGGUUUGAUUAUUUUCAAGUGUUGAUUUAUUGAUACACCAUGUACAAUUGUUAUUGUCUUGCCGCAAAUGAAUAAUUAUUUAUGGGCGUUUCUAUAACUUCUACGCCGUGUGAACUGACUUGAUGAAUAUGCAUGAGGAGGGGCGGGGCGUUCAUUCAUACGGGUCAGUAAAUAGAUUCCCACCUGCGUUUACGUGCACGUACAAACCGUGCUUCUCGAUCUCUUGGUGGUGUCUUCGUUUGGAUAAACUGACUCAUCCUUUCCUCGGCCAGUAGAAUAGAAGCUGCACCAAAGAUAUAUUGCAAUUGUUUACACUUGGGGCAAGUGCUAUGUAUAGUCUGGUCACAUGUGUUACACGUUGCGUAUGUUUUAGCCAGACCAUUUAAAGGAUUAUUUUACGUAACAAAAGUUAACGAAAUGGAGAGCAUAGGGAUUGUACUUCGUAUCUAUAAGUAAAAUGUUAAAAGAUAUACUAAUUUACCGUCGUUGUCAGUGUGAAUAAAUUAUUUAAAAUACAAUAUAUCUUAAGCUUGCUGAGGUGUAUAUUAAAUAAUAGAAAAAAGGAAUUAUGUCCAAUCGUGAUAGGAACUACAUAAUAUAUUUCAAAUUUGAAUUUCUGUACUUAAUUAUCUUUAUCCCACCACUUGAAUUGUUGGAAAAAACAUCGUAAAUGAAACCAAGUGUGAUUGUAAACUUCAAGGUAAAUGGGAUUUUGUCUGCUUGUGCGUUAUCAGUUCUGUCACUUCUCACCUGUAUAUAUUCUGUUUUGUUUGAAUCUUCAUCUUCACAUCAUCGCACAACUUUAAAAUAUAAUUUUAAAAGUGAAAUUUUAAAUGUGAAAAGUAAUUUUACACAGGUAACGAUUGUUAUCAAGAUUGUAAUCAAUUCCACCCGCAACAGUUGAAGUACUGCUAUGAAGUUAACAUGAUAUAUAAUCUACCCAUCGACCUACCAGUUAAGGUUGAGUUUGAAUCAUUUUUUAAAACAACAACAAAAAGAAUCAUGAGUAACAAAAGGAGGACAAACCACCGUUAGUUUCAUAUUCAGUAAUGCAAGUUCAGUCUGCUUCUCCAUCCGUGUAAUUAAAGGGACAUAACUCAGUUCUCGAUUUGGACAUUUUCAGUUGGAGCAGUCCAGUAAGGAUUAAGCGAGUUUCGCCAAACACCGAAACUUAAACCAUCUAGGGUGUGUGCUUUACAUUCAACUAAGGUCUCGUUCAACAACAGCUAUUGGUUUAAGUCUACAGAAAUACACUUCGAGGCUGUUAUUUGUUCUAUAUGUUGUCGAAGAACACUGUAAUAUAGACGAGUUGUCUCCCCUCGCUGUGGUCUAUGAUUGACGUUUUUUAUUGAUUAUGAACUGAAGAAUAUGUCUAACACAGGCGCAUGUGUGGUACACACAUUAUUGCAACCAUACUGAAUCUUGAUAGGUAAUUAUAAAUAAUAUUGACCUGGUUUGGGUUUUUAACAUAGCAUACACCUGCUAUAUGACAUCAGCAUUCCACUGUCAUCUUCAUCGUCAAAGCGACGUCUACUGUCGGAGGUCAAAUAUAGACCCUGUUUUUAUUUACAUAUUAUUAACGUGUAUAUUUAUAAUUUUCUAAGUUAAGGUUAUGGAUCAGUAAAUCACGCUAAGCUGUCGUAUAAGACUUCCUUUGUGUUUCCUGUGUUCUUUGAUGUGAGCCGUGUAUUGAUUGUGUUUGUUUUCGUCUGGGGUGUCACGUGUCAUGUCAUUUAUCUUCAUUGGUUUUUAACUCAUUACAUCACCGUAUUUUCAGAUUUUCAGAUAUUUAUCUGUAAUUACAGGCCACAGUAGUAAACAGUCGAAGAUCGAGUCGAACUUGGAUGUGUCGAGUGUCCGGCUGUCUCGAACUCAACUUUCAGUCCCUGCGACCUCCCCCUAUAUUUCACAUCAUUUAUGGUCGUAUCUUCCGUACUGGAUGUGUUGAGUGUCUAUGUGUCUCGAGCUUUUGUGGCACCAUGUAUCAAAAUUUAGAACAGUCUUCUCCUGAUGACCCGAACACUGUCUCUUCGAACAUGUUCUUUGGCCUUUCCGGAAAAUCAAUUUCUUGGUUGUAUCGAACCCCGAAUAACUCUGAUCUCUUAGGUCUCUACGGGUUUGGCAAGACGAAGUUCGACUAUAGCUGAAAAUAUUGUUGAAUGCAGAGUUUCGGUUCGAACCCAUUUGCAUGACUACCUAAAGGCAACACCUGGACCUAGGCCCUCCCACAGAUCGACGUUAUUGAUAAUGGCUAUGCUACAGUAUAGACCCUGUUGACCUGAGUUAGUGUAGUGGUGCAAGGGUCUGGCUUAUUCUGUGUGUCAUCAUUCCCCGGAAGCGUGAUUCAUGCUCGUAAUAUCAACCACCGGUUUUGCUGCUAUACUAUGGCGGAAUGUUCGUUUAAACUAUUUAUCGCCACGGAAAAGAGCUGUGCUGUCUCCUUCAGUCUGUUCUUUGAUUUUUUUAAAUGAUAUAUUUUCAUAUAUGAAAAGUUUUAAUAUUCCAAGAUGUUACAAAAUAAGCAUUAUUUUUUGUACAGGCUUAGAGUCACAAUUGUUAUGUACAUUAUCAUAUCAUAAGCACACAUUGGAAGUAUAUAAUACUGUGUUUCCUAACUUAUGUCUGACAGAGCAUGCAAUUGUUUGAUUUGCUACGUGAUCUGUCUG